AUGGCCACUCCAUCGAGCGCUGACCAGCCGGUCACCAUUCGAACACGAAAGUUCAUCACAAACAGACUCCUGUCGCGAAAGCAGAUGGUCCUUGAUGUCCUACACCCAAACCGCGCCAAUGUCUCCAAGAACGACCUUCGAGCCAAACUCGCCGAAGUCUACAAGUCCAACGCCGAUCAGAUCAAUGUCUUUGGUAUGCGAACACAAUACGGUGGUGGCAAGACUACAGGUUUUGCUCUGAUCUACGACUCAGUUGAAGCCAUGAAGAAAUUCGAGCCACGACACCGACUGGUCAGAGUGGGACAUGCAACCAAGAUCGAGAAGGCUUCCAGGCAACAGAGAAAACAGAGGAAGAAUAGGAGCAAGAAGUUCAGAGGCACUGAGAAGACAAAGGGUGCUGCUAAGAAGGACAAGAAAUAG